GAUAGCGACAUGAGUAUGAUGAGCGGUAGUGGAUACUUUGGCAAGGAGGUGGUGAUCGAGGACUUGGACUCCCACGGCAGUGGUGCUGCUGGCAUUCGGAAGACAGUGGUCGGAACUGGUUCUGGCGGAGUGUCUCUGGACAAGGAUGUCUAUGGCAAUGCAGCCGGAGGUAUCAGUCUGUGGCAGGCUGGAAGGGAAAGCAUAUUUAUGACUUGGAAGGUCCAAAACGACACUAUAACUCUAAGAGAAGAGGGCUUCACCAGCCGAUGUGUCUCUUCUGCCAAGCAGUAUGUCUUUCCUAACGAGUCUAUCCUACCACAAGUGUUCGUGCGAGAAUUCGAUUGCAAUAUAGUGAUAUUACUCGCUACUAACAAGUCAGUUCAUAGACUACUCUUGAAGAAACUUGAAAACUCUAAUCGAAGACUUUCAAGACUGCCAUCCGGAUACCUGACAAAUGAGGGCUCAGAAGUUCAUUCUUACUCUUUUAUGGAAAAAUUGUCGGGAACUGGAGCCGGAUCUAAAGUUCUAAGUGCAGCAUUUUGGCAUCACAGCUCGUUGAAAUCGUCGUUUGUAAUCAGCUGCGAAGGAGACGUGCUGGUUAAAGUGUUAAUGGAAAAAGACGGGAAAGCUUCAAUGACUACGAAGUAUUACGGUAAUUCGGGAUUGCUGAAUAUGUUUUCAAAGAAGGCGAAUCAAACUUUGCAUUCAGUGGUUAUUGCAAACGCAAUGAAUAAUCACUACAUUUUUGGAGUGGACCGACUGAGUAAGUUACACAUAGUUUCGUUAAUGGGUCUGAACCAGGUGUAUGAAGUGGACUUGGCUGAGUUUGUGAUGGAGGAGAGUGGACUGAUGGUCCCGCAAGUGAAGUGUUGCAACAGGAUCAAGAUUAAGACUGAAAGUGGCAGUGGCGCUGCUGUUUCUGAGGAGGCCAUUGUGUACUUGCAGUAUGAAUACUUGAGAGUUUUCCUGAUUAUCAGGCUAUCUGCGGAAAAUGGUCCGAACUUCAGUUGCACGCCACUGAGAGCUAUCAAGUGCGAACUAAGUCCGACCACUGCAGAUGAGAACUUGGUUGAUUUCUGCUUUGACUCAGAAAGCAUCUAUGCCCUGUGGACCAACCCAGGGAGUGGAACUCACUCCAUACGCAGAUUCGACUAUGUAUCUUUCGAUGCCAGUUCUUCAAAGUGGAUGAAGGUACUCUCAUCGUCCACUCCUCAUGAUUCUCUUCCAAUGGUAGAAGAUGACCAGGAUCCUUCAGCUGUGUAUGUGAAUUACGUAAUGAGUUGUGGUAUGUUCUCAACGGCGGCGUUGUUGGCUGUGACUAUUCAAAUGAGAGAGAGGCAGAAUGAACAGUCUGUCGAUGAUAUGGAGUUGGCGAAGACGAGACUGCAGUUGAAACAAUUAAUCGUGGACAGUGUUGAGAGUGAAGUACAAUCUAAUCUUCCGCAGUACGACCCAGAAAACGAAGAACACCGGAAAACUCUCAUCGAACACUGGCAGCUUUUUUACUCAAUGCUGUGCGAACACAACUGCGCCGAACGAAACAAAGUCGUCGGCCUGCUAUACAAUGUACCGAAGUCAUUCAUAGGCACCGUGUCGCAAGAUCAAUUGGCUUAUGUAAUGCCGAUAAGUCCAUUUGAAAUCCCCGCAUCGGAGAUUUUAGCGGAGGUGAUGCGAGAUCAUUGUAAUGCAGAAGUGACCGACACUUCAGCUUUCAAUGUCACUUCAGAAUCGACGGCACGAUUCUCGAAAUUGAUCGAGUUUUUCGAGAAAAUGUCAACUGAAUGUGACGUUCAAAACUUUUUGAAAGUGAAUUGUUUAAUGAAUGAAAAUGGUUUGAAAAUCAGACAAGUAGUAAAAAACUGUUUCGAUAGUUUUGAAGAAGUCUUAACGCCGUGCGACAAGAAAUUGUUGAGAAGAAUGCUGAAUCACGCUGACACAGAAUCUCUGUGUAAAAUUCUUCCCUUAUUAAUGGAAUUUUUGACUGAUGUUCUGACCUCUAGUCUUAUGGAGGAUCAUGUUGGUUCAUCGCUCAUCAAUACAAGUUUAGACGCAAGCAGUGCUCCAAUGAAUUUUGUAGCGUCCAAGAAAAUUCUCAGAACUCUUAUUUCUCAGAAUUGUGGCGUUGUGAUCAACAAUACGUUAUCAAUGUUGUGUCCUAUUGCAAUGGCGUUAGCUUGUUUGUCUAAAGAGUACAGUUAUUUGCCCAUUGUGACGAGGUCAUUUUUAACUGUAUGCAAAUACCUCCACUCCUGGUUAUUUCUUCAUUGGCUGCACGAAACUGAAAUUCAUGAUGUUGAAACAGCCAAUGAAACUUUGAGUCGUGCAGUUGGAACCAGUAGCAGAAAUGAAAUCACGACUCCGACUGUUAACCCGCAUCACUUAUUUUCAGGAGUGGACGAUACAAUUUUCAUGGGUAAGGGUGCUUUGGAGCUGGACGAACGGAGCCAUGUACCUUCUAAAAGCCCAGCUCCGAGUGUGUUUGGAGGAACAGAGUCGAAACUGACCAAAGUAACUUUCCUGUCUGACUUUGUGGAAGCUAACUCGGACAUCAUUUUAUCAUCAUUGCUCGAAUUUAAAAAUGCUGGUAGCAAAACACUGGACGAAACUCAGAUUGUUCAAGAAGUAUCAGUUAAGCUUUUGGACCAGUUGAAUGUUUCCACCAACGCUUCAGCUCUUAGCGCCAUAGCUAAACACCUCUUAUUGAAAGAUACAGCUUCGUCUAUGGUUGAAACCCAACCCAAGUUAGUUUUAGAUAUGAGCAACUUUCUAGAAUUGUCCUUGACUUCGGGACAAGAAGCGUCUAAAGGGCUAAUUCAUUAUUUGAAAAUGUUGAGUUAUCAUACCCUUGGCGAAACAGAAGAAGCGCUGGAAAUCGGUAAACGUUUGCUUGUAAACGAUGAAAUUGGUUUAGCGAUGUUGAUUCGGUUGAAAAAUAUGGCGACUGAGAUUGACGUGAAGAUGCAUGUUUUGACUGUUUUUGAGCAGAGUAAAAGUUUUGCAGCGUGUUUGGAACUGAUUCAAAUUAUAUCGGACUGUCCAGACUUAAAUAAAGGGGAUAAAUUAUCUCUAAGUAUGAUCAAGUUCAAUUGUCUUUGGGAAGUAAAUCUGCUUGCAGACUGCUACGAUUCACUGUGUGACAUAUGGAAAUAUGUCCAAAGAUUGCCGGAAAGUUCGAGAGAUUUUGAUAGAUUCAAAGACUGUCUGAAAUGCUGGGUGCAAGCUAUUUGUGAGACGCAUGUGGAAAGUUCGGAAAAAGCGAAAGAAGUUGAAAAGGUUGAGCUGUCAGAAUUCAGCUGUGUGCUUUUUUGUGAUGAGUUGAUUGCAGUUUUGGAGCAGAAAGCGAGGUUAAGUUCGCCUCUUUGCCCUGUUCCGUUCUACAACUGUCUGAAAAAGUUCUAUACCAACAGAAACAUGUGCCGCACUGCAGCUAUUGUGAUGUUGGAGAAGGCGGUUCGAAUCCAGGCUGAGCUGCAUGCAAGUGCAGGUGCGACAGAGGAGGAGCGGUUGCAAUUGGGCAAACUGAUUCACAAAGAGGAGUACAAGGCGUGGCAGGAUUCUGAAAUGUGUCUGAUGCUAUGUGAAGAGAAGGACCAAAUGGUGCUCAUGCCCAAGUUCACCAAAGCGCAUAAUGCAUCUGAGGAUGAACAAGAGCAGCACGGUGGUGUGACUGUUUUGAAGCUGAAGGACAUCUCCCAGUACAGAAUGGUCGCAUCCAUUCAACACAAACUGCUCUCUCUAGACAACCGACAGCUGGAUUCUGAAGUAAUAUUGAAUGGUCGCACAAUGAGCAAAGAGGACUUGAUGGUGAAGGCCGCUGAAUAUGGUCUGUUCAAUGAUGCGAUGAGAUUUGGCCAGACGUGUAAGUUGGAUUUGUCUCCGGUGUUCCAAAAGAUGACCGACUUCUACUGUGACUAUUACAGGACUAGUAGCAAUAAUGAACACGUGAACUGCGCAAACCACUGGUUGCAACAAAACUCACUCCCCGAAGAGGCAUAUCUCACCAUGGAAGAACAUUUCAAGUUGAUGUUUCUCCUGAAGGAUCACCUGGAGAGAGCGAGUGAUGACAUAGUACAGACUAAGAAGUACUACUUUGUCGUACUCACUUCACAGCUGAACAAGAGAAGCAUCGUGUUCACGUGGCUGCUCCAAAAGAUAAAGGAGUGGAAAGAAGACUGGCAACUGGCCAAAUUGUACCUCAAACACGGCUACCUUUUCCUCAGUUGCCAAGUGAGCUGCUCACUACUCGAGUCAGAGUUAGAAUCAAUUGAGGAAGAGAGCUACGAAGAAAGACUAGAACCAUAUCAGAAGAGCCCACGAGUAAUGUUUGCAGACACUAAACUCUACAGAGCCCAGCUGUCAGUUCUGGCUAAUAUGAAACGGAAAGGAGAGUCGGCGAAACUGAGAAAGGAGGCAAUAGAAUGGCAUAAUAAGCUAAAUAUGAUGUACAGUCAGUAUGUUGAGAAACUGGUUGAUAGUAGAAAACAGAUGCAAGCAUCAGCUUGAAAGUGCAAUUUAUGCAAGGUGUUAUUUAUUGAAAGUGUUAUUUUGUUCGUGAAAAUUUAAUCUUGAGAGUUC